AUCGUUCAUCUCACGCUCUCCAGUAUCCUCGCCUUUUGACCCGUCUUGCGCGAUGGCAGCAUCGAGUGAGCUCGUCUUUCCCAGGCUAGACCCAGACAUCUACCCCGCCCUCGCAUCCAUCUCCUCCACCGCCCCGCCUCCACCUUCACCUGGCGAGCAGGCGGACGCAACGCCGAGGCCAGAACAGCGCCGCUCUCAUUCCUCCGCUUCCCUCGGUCUGCUCUCUGCUCUUCCUGCCCACGACCUUCUGCCCGAUCACUCGCACCCAUGUUGCCGUCCCCCAGUCUUCGUGCUGGCCGCCGACGGCUCGAGCGUGUAUCGUCUUGACCCGAAACCAGCGGCGGAGCAACCACCGCCCUACGCCCCCAUCGGGCAUGGCGGUCGAGCACGGGCGGCUACAGAGCCUGCCUCUUCGCUGGCGCAGCAGUAUGCAUUGCCCGAAUCAUCGUCAUCGCCUCGUCCCACGCGGUCACAAGAGCGACAGACCUCGCCACUAGGACAAUACGGCACCUUCACUUUGGAUCCAGAAGCAGAAGAAGAGGAGAUUCCCACGGCAGCGCGCGUCGGCUCCACUCUCCGCACGAUCUUGUGUGGUGACCGCGGCGUCGCACUCCCAUCUACUGACGAAAGCGCAUGGCGACGAUACUGGGCGCCAUUGACAGACCGGGAGCAUUGGCGCCCCCUCCCACACCUUCUUCUUCUCAACUUUCCUUUCGGGUUGAUUCUCUGGCCACCAUUACUGGUCGGCACGGCGGCGGGCACAGCCCUUCUUCUCACACUCCCGCUCGGGGCCGUCGUGUGGUGGCUCACGUUACUGCUAGCUCGGUGGGCCGCGACUCUCGAGCUGCGGAUGCAGGCAGUACACGCACCGAUGCCGCGCCCACGUGUCGUGUUCUAUCGACUCCGCGAGCCGUUGUCUGAGCAGAGCACACCUCUUGUGGAGCGUGGAGCUGAAGCUGAGCGGGACACACGCUUCCUCGCUAACUCGUGGGCUAUGUUCACCGACCACUACUCGUAUGCGGCACUCGCCUACUUCCUCCUCAUCAAGCCGCUCGUCGUAGUCAUUCCUACCAUCCUCCUAAUUGCGUUGUUCCCAGUCUCCCUCGUUCUCGUCCCCCUCCUCCCAAUAUACCUGCGCGCUGCGGCGGCAUAUGGACGUGCACAGGCGCGCACCGCGGCCGCCAAUCUGUAGGGCGAACAGUGUGACAAAUUGAUAUCCGCCUUCUAGACUUCCAGCAUCCGGACCAGCGCUGGUCAGUGAUCUGCAGCGCCUCAAGAGACCGAUCCGUUCAUCAUAGUGUGGUUUACCCGUUGUAGCGUAUCGAAAUGUUGGCAUGCUCUUCCCCACUACAGAACAGGCUAAAGUACAGAAAUCACCACCUGCCCACCGGCCACGGGAGGGAGACUCAUUCCUCCGUCGGUCAUCUCCGC